CCCCUUCCGGGCGUCAGUUUGGUGGCGGGAAACGGGGCCCCUUCCGACGGCGUCUGCGGGGAAGGUGUUCGCGCGAGCCGGGAUGGAGCCGCAGCCCGAGGAGCCGGGCGCCGCCGAGCCCGCGGGCCCCGCGGAGGACCCCAUACCGCUGCUGCUCAGGCUGAGGGCACAGACAAAACAACAACUCUUGGAAUAUAAAUCAAUGGUUGAUGCAAAUGAAGAAAAAACUCCAGAAGAAAUCAUUCCAGAAAAGCAAAUUGAAACUAAAAUUGAAGACCUGGAAAAUGAAAUCGAAGAGGUGAAAAUUGCUUUUGAAAUGAAAAAGCUUGCAUUGGACAGGAUGCAACUUUCAAGGGCACUUAGAAAAAACCUGGAGGAGAGUAACAUUCAGACUAGUGAGCUCAUGGACAACAUGAAACACAUAUUAAAGCUAAAUAAAAUAAUAAUGAAAUUACAGCAGGAAUCUUGGGAUUUGGAGGAAAAACUGCUCAAUGUUAAAAAGAAGAGAUUUGAAUUAAAACGAGCUUCAGAAAGUAAAUUUUUAGAAAUACAGACUGAAAAGAACAAAGAGAAAGAUGCUUUGGCCAGUAUGGAAAAUUCAGACAAGAUAAAGACCUUACAACAAAAACUACAGAAGGAAAUACAAAUUACUACAGUUAUUCAACAUGUCUUCCAGAACCUCAUUUUGGGGAGUAAAGUCAAUUGGGCAGAGGAUUCUGCCUUAAAGGAAACUGUUCUGCAGCUUGAGAAGAAUCUCACCAUGAUCUAAUAAGAAUUCUGUUUUGGCAUUACUUGUUUCUGUCUUUGAUGCCAUUUAAAUAGUAAAUUUCAGGUGAAAUGUGUUUUUUUCGGUGUUUUUAUGACUAUUAUACACAGCUUUUUUUUAAAGCUUAACACUAUGAUAUGGAAUCUAUUGCUUUAAAUAUGAUCAUUAAAGUGACUGGCAUCCUUGAAAAAAAUCUGAAGAUCUUAGCUUUGCAAAGGUCUGGAAAGACAUCAUCUAAUCCAGCUUUCCGCUCAGUGUGGACAUUUUUUCUACAUCCCUAGAAGUCCCAACUCUCAUUUGGAAUACCUUCAUGCAUUUCUUUGUCAACCAAAAUACUAGAAAAAUUAGAAAAGUAUAUCCACAUCUUUAUUUUUAUGGCUGCCAGUUGUAUUUUAUUCAAAUAAUUCUUAUUUUAGAUUUAUCUCGCUACAAACUUUUUUUUAUUGUGAUAUAAUUGAUACAUAAUGUUGUAUAAGUUUAAGGUGUACAGUAUGUUGAAUUGACCAUGGCUUUAGCUAACAUCUCCAUCGUGUCACAUAAUUAUUUUUGUUGAAAACAUUUAGGAUCUAGUAUCUUAGCAACCUUGAAAUAUAUAAUACAGUAGUGUUAACUAUAAUCACAGAGUUAUGCAUUAUAUAUCCAAAACUUACUCAAAUUCUACCUAUGAAUUUGUACCCUUUGACCAACAUCUCAAUUCCCCACCCCAUCUACAUCUUUAAAGAGACUUAAAUGCACCUCAGCCUUGAAGAAAAACAUAUUUAGAAGAAUUGUGACUUUUUUCUUUUGUAUUUAUCAUGCAUAACUUUUUUUUAAUUUUUUUUUACUGCUUAAAAUAUUACAAAGAGUAUUACAUAUGUCUCCUUUUUCCCCCCAUGCAUAACUUUUAUAGAUUAAAAAAACAAAAAAAAACCACAAAUUUUGCUUUUCAAUUAGAAAACAAAACUGCCACUGUUUAUUCAUCCCAUUCCAUCUUUUGUAAAUUCUAAUUUGAGCCCUUUAUUAAUUUGGAGCAGUUGAUCAUUUUUAUAGACCAUGUAGUGUUUCCAGCAUUCUUUAAAAGACUAAACAACUUGAGAAGACGCUCUGCAGGUGUAAUAGCUUUUGAAAUCUGUUCUUCGGAUCAGUAAAAAUGCAGAGAUUUGCCUACAUGUGCACUAAACACUUCUUUGGAAUAUUUAUAGUGUGACUUCAUUUCUUUUGAUAAAUCAUUUAUUUGUAA